UUGUGAGAGGAUCCUAAAGGUGCUAACGUGUAAGGGUUAUAGUGUAUGGCCUAGCUCUGAAUACGGGGUUGCUUGUGGAAGCAUGUUUGGCAUUUGGGUCUUAGAGUGGGGGAUAGGGGCUAGUGUAGGUGUAAGGGGCUUGGCAUCGAGGGCUAAUAACCAUGUCUUAAGGUUGGAGAGACCGGCUAUUAUUGUGUGUUUCGGGGCUAGAGAUACUGGUUGUUAUGAUGGGUUUGAAGGUUGGAGUUAG